GAGGAUAGCGUCGCUUCACGAUAACUUUGUUGCCGUACACGACGCCCAGGAUAAAAGGGACAGACCGCGCCGCACACCUCUCCCAAAACCGACGAAAAUUCGGGUGCAUCUGUAUUAUCCUUGUCGUCGCGUUCAUUCAAAUGGGAUGGGGAAUCUUUGCAGCAAUAUCGAACCGUGGCGUUGGGUUUUACAGUGUCUCAGUGCAAACUGUUUUUGGCUCUAUUGCCGGGUUCGUUGCCCUUUUCAAUUGGAUAUGGGCUAGUGUCCUGCUCUCAUACAACUAUCGCCCUGACUCAAGACAUGCGCUCACAGGGGCUAAAGCUCACCUCGUAUCCUAUGCCACCCUGACGGUAGUAUGGCUAAUUUUGUCGAUAUGCCUGACAGAGCAGCUUCCUUACCAGUGCAACUUUGAGAUAUAUUCAGACGGAGACGCGUCUAUGUGGUAUGUGGCGGACUCACUAGUGGCUGGCAUGGGAUGGAUUUUGAUGAUCCUUUGUUUUGCUACGACGAUUGUUAUUUACAAGAAGUCGUGCAGAGGUUCGGCUAAGGGCAUAUCUGUCAACGUCGCGUUGUAUGAUAAAGGUUAUCAAGUAACUGUGUAACGUACCAAGCUUCUCUUCGGUUUUGCAGGCUACGUGAUACUGCACUACGAACAAAGUAACACUUGUAUUUC